AGGGAUUGGGGACAGCGAUCUCAACGAAACAUUAUGCGAAAGAAGUGGUAGCUACAUUCAUAUUCCAUCAUCCACUUUUCAAUGUGCUGUCUGGUCUUCAGAUGCUGGAGGACAAGCAGGCGUCAGCGUCCUCGUUCUGGCAACGUGGGAACAAGAUGCUGGCAUAACCAUGUGUCAACUCAACUAGAUGGAUGGACUUACAACCGAUACCAUGCGAUCGUGUGCGCCAAUUUACCGGUCCACUCGUGAGCCAUCGACAUUACCUUGCAGCCAAGAUUCGUAAUGAGGUACGACACGGGCACUUCACAGUGAUUGGGCAUGCAUGCAAGGGUGUGCUGGCCUCAACUAUAUAUUCGCAAGACCUGAUACCUCUAUCGUGCAUUCUCAUAAGGGUUUCUUGAGGGUAGCAUAACAUUAGUAGCAACACCGU